CAGGAUCCUCAGGAAACCCUGGUACUGGCAGCAGCCAGCCUCUGCUGUGCCCACAUGACCCACAACUCUGGCAGCGGACCGGGCACUUCCAACAUUAUUAAAUAAUAAGAAAGCGGCUCCUACUCCAUGCCCAAACCUCCCCACAGGCCGGUGGACACCUUCUAAGAGUUUGACGAGUCGGUGACUGAGGCGCCCGUCCAUUCCAAGAUAAGUGAGAUUUACCAGUCCCUGGAUGAAACGCUUGGAAAGUCUUUAAAUGCCGGAGUUGACUGCCAUUUCAAAGAAAAGAAAAUAGAUGGUUUUGAAAAGUUCAUGCUGUUUCUUCAUUGAAUUUUAGAAUGAUUGAAGAUAGUGGGAAAAGAGGAAAUACCAUGGCAGAAAGAAGACAGCUGUUUGCAGAGAUGAGGGCUCAAGAUCUGGAUCGCAUCCGACUCUCCACCUACAGAACAGCGUGCAAGCUGAGGUUUGUUCAGAAGAAAUGCAAUUUGCACCUGGUGGACAUUUGGAACGUCAUAGAAGCUUUGAGGGAAAAUGGUCUGAACAACGUGGACCCAAACAUAGAACUCAACGUGGCCCGAUUGGAGGCUGUGCUCUCCACCAUUUUUUACCAGCUCAACAAAAGGAUGCCAACCACUCACCAAAUUCAGGUGGAGCAGUCCAUCAGCCUCCUGCUAAACUUCCUGCUGGCCGCCUUUGAUCCGGAAGGCCAUGGUAAAAUUUCAGUAUUUGCUGUCAAAAUGGCUUUAGCCACAUUGUGUGGAGGGAAGAUCAUGGACAAAUUAAGAUAUAUUUUCUCAAUGAUUUCUGACUCCAGUGGGGUGAUGGUUUAUGGACGAUACGAUCAGUUCCUGCGGGAAGUUCUCAAACUACCCACAGCAGUGUUUGAAGGGCCUUCAUUUGGUUACACAGAACAGUCAGCUAGAUCCUGUUUCUCUCAACAGAAAAAAGUCACCUUAAAUGGCUUCUUGGACACACUCAUGUCAGAUCCUCCCCCGCAGUGCCUGGUCUGGCUGCCCCUUCUGCAUCGACUGGCAAAUGUAGAAAAUGUCUUCCAUCCAGUUGAGUGUUCGUACUGCCACAGUGAGAGUAUGAUGGGAUUUCGCUACCGAUGCCAACAGUGUCACAAUUACCAGCUCUGUCAGGACUGCUUCUGGAGGGGACAUGCCGGUGGUUCCCAUAGCAACCAGCACCAAAUGAAAGAGUACACGUCCUGGAAAUCACCCGCUAAGAAGCUCACCAAUGCAUUAAGCAAGUCUCUGAGCUGUGCUUCCAGCCGUGAACCUUUGCACCCCAUGUUCCCUGACCAGCCUGAGAAACCACUCAACUUGGCCCACAUCGUGGAUACUUGGCCGCCCAGACCUGUAACCAGCAUGAAUGACAGCAUGUUCUCCCACUCUGUCCCCUCCUCAGGAAGUCCUUUUAUUACCAGGAGGUUACCUGAGGGGAUAAGUGCAUCCAGCCCUGUGGCUGAGGAGCAUUCGCUCAUAAAGCUGUAUGUAAAUCAGCUUGACCACAGCGCACGCUCUCCUCCCAAGGACAGUGAAGUCGAGCAGAGCAAACUGCUGGCUAGGGCUGCUCCAGCUUUGCUGAAGGGCAAAGGGAUACAGUACAGUCUGAAUGUGGCAGACAGGCUAGCUGAUGAACAUGUUCUCAUCGGGUUGUAUGUCAACAUGCUCCGGAACAACCCAUCAUGUAUGCUCGAGAGCUCCACCCGGCUUGAUGAAGAGCACCGGCUGAUCGCCAGAUACGCGGCAAGACUGGCAGCAGAGCCCACCCCGUCUCAGCCAGCGCAGCAGAGGAGUGCCCCUGACAUCUCCUUCACCAUUGAUGCAAAUAAGCAACAAAGGCAGCUGAUCGCAGAACUAGAAAACAAGAACAGAGAAAUCUUACAGGAGAUCCAGAGGCUGCGGCUAGAGCAUGAACAAGCUUCUCAGCCCACUCCAGAGAAGGCGCAGCAAAACCCCACUCUGCUGGCAGAGCUCCGCCUCCUCAGACAGCGCAAGGAUGAGCUGGAACAGAGAAUGUCUGCUCUCCAGGAGAGCCGGAGAGAGCUAAUGGUCCAGUUAGAAGGUCUCAUGAAGCUACUAAAGGAAGAAGAAUUGAAGCAGGGAGUAAGUUAUGUCCCCUACUGCAGGUCUUAACUAACAGUGGAGGGGCCUGCCGUCCUGCCGUUUUUCUCAUUGCUUUCGCCUCUAAUGUAUGUUCAUGCUUCAGUUUGGAAAGAGAAAAAAAAAUUAUACUAAUUUGCUUCCUUUUCAAUGUAGUGCUUGAUUGGAGACAUAUAAAAUUUAGCAUUUUUUAUAACUACUACUACCGUCAACAUCAAAAGAAGAGCUAUUAUGUCCUUUAGAACAGGGAACACGCUUUAACCUGUUGGAAACUUUUUAGACCUCCAGGGGUCUAAGUUUCAAACCAGUCUCAUGCUCUUCUGGGUUGUUGAUCAGACCCUUCUCUUCAUAGAAAGACACUCACCACAAUCACUAACAUUACACUAGGCAGAAUCCACAGCAUCGGAAGCUAACCUCAACAUCCUCUCAUGCUGUGAAUAUUCAGUUUAGUUUCCAUUUUACUGAAAAGAUGUGGAACUUCUUUUUGUAAAAACCAGCCAAUUACAUCUCCUUUCAUUGCAUAAUGUUUAAGCCCUGCUCCCCACUGCUCACCGUUAUGUGCUCAGUCUAAUAAGAGAAAGACUGUACUCCGUAACUGUUCACUUCCCAAACCAGAAUCCCUACCAUUGGUUGACAGUCAUCUCCAAAGAAUAGGUAACUUUCAGCCUUUCUCGUACCACCAAGCACCUUUCUGCUGUAGGAGUUCACAAGGUGUUGCAUACAUCUUCCCUGGAAAUAGGAGCCUUGUGACUGACUGUCUACCUGUAGCCUGAACUGAAGCCCCCUGUCUGGCCAUGUAGCCAGUUGCAGAAGCCAGCAGAGGGAGCAGCGUACUCAAAAUACAAUAAUAAUAAAACAAUGGCAAAAUAAAAGCAGCUUUCAUUUCAAGUGCAUGUACCAAGCUGUGUAUAACAAUAUAUCCCACUUACUGGUCUUAUCAAAAAGUUUUAUGGUAUUUCCAUGGAUCCAUUAGAACCACAGCCUAUCUGAUUUCAACGUACCUUUUCAUUCUUCUGUAUUCUCUUUCCUAUUACUCACUGUGCGUGUUUGUGUGUAACAAAAAAUGUUUGCAAAAUGCUGGACACAUUUUUACCCUUCAUUCCCAAGGUCUGUAAAAAAGGAAAGUGUAAAACAAAUCUGUAAUGUCAGACAAUAAAGACAAUGUAUUACAUUAUUUGUAUUUUGUGAAAAAAAUUACUUCACUAAACUGAAGUCAAAUUUUAAUGAGAGACAGUCCCCCUGGGUAAAAGACACACAUUUGCUGCUUGUAUUAUUGCCCAUAAAUGCAUACAUGGGGUAUUGCUGUUGUACGUACAACACACUUAGAUCAUGGUAAAGAAAAAUGCCAUCUCAUGGUGCUUCUCUGCAAACAGCCUCUUUUCUUUCCUGUCUCUUACUCAGUGUGUGCAUAGAAAAAGGAAACAAGGCUCACAUAUAACCUUCCUUCUCCUAGUGGAGAGAGUAGGCAACCAUCCUGCAGCCAGUCAGCCCUGCUUUAGCCAUUUCCCUCGGGGACCCUCUCUCUACCAUUUCCAAGGCAGCACAUUCCUGAAAGGCUCAGUGGACCAGGAAGUUCAUAAACAGAUGAAUGCAUAGAGCCAAACCAUGGCAGCGCCCAUAAGAGCAUUACUGCCUUCUUUCCCUCCAGCUCCUCCCCACUGGGCCCUCAACAGCUGCUACAUCUUUGAAAGUCAGCCAGCAGUGGGUACUGCUGCCUAGGUACUUAAGGACCAUUAUUGGCAACACCCAGAUGUCAGCAAUGCGUUGUCUGGGUGGGGAGAGUGUUUGCGGGUCUUACUCAUUUCUUUGCUUACAUAGUCAAGCCUCUUUUCAAAAAGGACCCAAGGCAGCUUACAACUAGAGACAUAAACAGUGACUUCAUAAAAUGGAAACAGAAAAAUCGAAAACUGAAGAAGAUGCAAAUGUGCUAAUCAUAAGGGACGAGGGUGUCACUCUGAGCUUUCUAGCAGCGAGGCAAAAAAAAAGGAAAACAUAAUUGAUGGUUUUAUCAGAACAGAAAUGCCAGCUCUCAAGGGACCAAAAUUUCUGUUGGCAUAAAAUAUAAAAUGAAGUUUUCACUCAGAGCUUUAUAGAAGUAGUGAAUAAUAAAACAGACGCACGCAGUAGAUUUCGUGUGGCUGAUUCUUAUACUGACCUUCAGUGAAAAUUAAAGACAGAACCCCAUAUGUCCCAAUCCUGCAGAGGCAGUUCUACAAGGAAAUAAACAAAUGCCAUCCAAAUUUAUAGACUUCUCAUGGUAUAACAUGAUCUAAGGAGAGAAUUUAGAAGUUUUAGUCUGGCAUCUGCUUCUAAAUUCUGUUUUUAUUUAUGAGCCUUUCCCCUUUGGCGACGUUCUCUUUGUAAAAUCAGAUUUAAGACACCACACACAACAAAUUGUGCUUGAUUUAAUAACCUCUACUUGCUUUAUCAUAAGUCUGUGUGGUUCAAUGUAUUUUAUUAUACUGGUAUAUAUAGUUCCUACUUAUGCUGUUUCUUGUUAGAGGUAAUGCAUGAAUUUAUUCCCCUUGAGGAGAGAACAUGAAUUUUUUUUUUAAAUGGUGCCUGUAAUAUAAUAUGAUGAUUAUGGUAUCAUAAGCAAUAAAUUUUUUUUACAAACUUGAAUCGAAAUUAUCCUACCCUCUUUCUUCUUUGUGUAUUUGUAAAAUUUAUUGAAGGAACCAUAAAAAGAACACUCAUAAAAAGUUUAAUAACAAAGGCGGCUGGGGUAUAAUAACAGUGACAGCAUGUUCCAGAGUUUCUGGUAUCCUUCCAGUGCCAAAUACUAUGACCUGGCCUAAAACCAAGUAUCCUUUAGUUCAGAAGGUAGGGUCUCAAUAAUAAUUUUCUAAGAAACAUCACUGGAGCUAGACCUGAGUUAUGGUGGUCCCAGCUCCUCACUUACAACUAUAAGAUCUUGAAUAAGUCAGUUAACUUCCUAGCAAUUUAUUUCAAACAUACCGAUAAUACAUGGCUCACAGGGUUGUUGUAUAGAUUUUAAAAGAUAACAAAUGUGGAACCACUUUGUGAAAUACUAUAUGCAAGUCAGAUAUAAGCAUAAUAUGUAUAUAUGUAUACAUAUGCACAGGAGAAUGUAUAAACUCUUCUAAUUUGGCCCACAUUUUACACGCAUGCGCACAUACACACACUCGCUUCUCUUCCUUACAUUAACUUGUUAGUUAAUUGUCUCAAUCAAGGGAAGAAAGUCACACAUCAUUUCAAAUUCCAUUUCCUACUCCCAUCCUCUUCUCUAUUUACUACUGGAUGGCCCAGUUAACUCGGGAAAUCAUAGUCAUUCAGGUUCCUACUUCUUCCAAAUAUAUUAUGGAACAUGAACAGGCCAGAAAUGACAGAUUUUAACAGUUUAGGUUCACCUUCCAUUACUUCCCCUGCUCAUCCUCUCUUAUGGGUUUUCUAUGGAGUAGUGAAGCGAUCAAAAAUGAGGGCAGGUGGGGAUCAUUCACACCAUAAAUAAUCAACUGCAAUAUUAGGACUAACAUCUGUGUUCAAAAGCAUACCUUCCCAGCCUCUGUCUCUCCUUCUCUUUCUCUCUCUCUCUCAUACUUCUUUUAAAUUAGGAGUUGUUUAAUUCUAGGAAAGUAAAAAUUGCUUCCGUGCUUAAAAGCCUUAGAAAAUGACGCUUUAGUUCACGAUAAAGACUAAGCCCCUUUUAUGACGCUGGAGGCCCCCAAACCUGACUCCACCCCUUCUCAGCCUCAUCCCACUCCACUCCUCACAGAGAACCUGCUGCAUCAACCCCACUGGCCUUCCCAUUGUGUCUUCAGUACCCCUCACAAUCCCCACGCCUUGCCCUUGAUACUCCAAGCCCUGGAAUGCUCUUCUCUCCCCCACCCCAGUACUUGCUCUUUUCUGCCUGGAAAUCUCUGCUAUAAGACCCAGGGCAAAUGGUGCCGCCUGUCUGACCAAUCAGAAUUAGUCAUCUCAUCUGUAUCCCCACAAGAAGCCCUAUGAUGAUAGUCAGUCAGUGUGUUCUGGAAGAAAGGAUGAAAAGAGGGUUGAAUGUAGCUAAACAGGCUGCUACGUAAAACCAGGCCUGACUACACUGCAUUCUCCCCCAAACCUGAGAGGCUGACUUUCGGGGGCGGGGUACCUGGGUGGGGGAGGGUCCAUAGUACCACCUCCUCCUGUCUCACGGUCAUCUGCUCUGCCAUUUCUCCAGACAGCACUGGCUCCACAAUUAGACAUUAGGCACUUUCCUUGAAGCAUCCCUCCUUUCUGGUGCUGAGUGGAAACCCAAAUACUUCCUGGAAAAAAAUCGGAAAAUUUAUGGAUCUUGUCAGACUUUUUAAAAAUUGAUACAACAGCAGGUUGAGUGGACUCAGAGAAUGGGGGGUAGAAAUGAAUUUUUCAUUUAUUCUCUAGGAAGAGAACAAUUUUAAAUUUGCCAAGUAUGAUGUACGUUUUCCUUCUUCCAUAAAUCACCCCUCUUCUCGGGAAUUUGAGAUCUAUAUAUUGAUCUGCAUGGACCAUUGUCCCUUAAGUCUUUGCUCCAUUAAUCACCGGAUAAUUUCCAGGAAAGGAUGUUCACAGAGAUUAUUCAUUCUAACUCUUCUAAAGUUGUUAGCCGACAACCAUGCUUCAUGACCAGACCAGGGGCCACCAUUCUAUAGGGCCCACACCUGUGAAAAUGAAACUCUGUGACAUCUUCACUAAUCUACCCCAAAGCCAAGAGGCAACUGCCAUUCCCUAGUGGUCCUGCAAGAACAGCAGAAAGGAAGAACAGAGAUGGUGUUCCCAGCAAUGUCUACUAUGCAUCAAACUGGCCAGUGUCCUGACAAAGGGUGAUGGGGCCCUGAUCACCCAGGGAGCCAGGGUUCUACCCCCGAGUCUGCGUAAAGACUGGUCAUGACUGGGGAGUUACAAAUUGUAGGAAAGAUGCAGUGAGUCUUUACUUCAGCGUAGAAUCUUCCGCCUAAAUUCUUCAUAUAGUCAGACGGCUUGAAGUUGCACCAGUUGGAGAUUCAUUUAGUAGUUGGUGGCUAUUAGCCAUUCACACAUUGGUGUAAUUCAGACUCCAUCAAUUGUUUUUCCCUUAACAUGUAACCACAGUCCAUUAUUUUUCUCUUAACACAAGACCACUGAUGGGAGUUUUGAAGACAGGAAACAGGCAGAAAGGUGUAGGAGAAGUUGCCUUUGGAGACAAGGCGUUAAGCAAGAAGAGGUGGGGCCGGUGCGGUACCCAAAGGGGAGGGGGGAACCCCACAAGCACCCUAUACUGCAGAGCCUGGUGGCACAGGUAUGAGCAGGGCUGGUGUAUACUACAGCCCCAGCACAGCCGUCAAAUAUUGAAAAGCAGGCCCACAGCCCCAUAUCUGAAAUCACUGGGUCCAGAGAUGCUCCGGAACUCAGAAUCUUUGAGGUUUUAGAAAUGCAAUCCAGUGCAGACACCACAUAAGUAGCCUCACAUUAAUUAUGAAACAACAUGUGUUGCCCAUUGGAUUUCACAUUUGCAGAUAAGAGACUGUGGACCUGUAUUUCUGUACUGGCUGAUAACCAGCCUGAAGGUUGCUUGCUCCACCCUGGGCACCGACCCAGUAACUAGAAGGUACUGCCUGGCCCAGCAGAAAGCCCUAGGCCACUGCUCCAUCACCACUCCCUAGUGAGUCUGUGUCCUACGCCUUCUGAGUCUUCAGGUUGUUAGUGAAGGUAUAUUAUGAAACAUAGAUGGAAAUACGUGAUGGUUGGUCACAGUGCCCACAAUUCUGAGGAGCAGCUGUGGUGCCCUGGGGAAGCCCUGGCCUUGUAGCCUAAAGUCUGGGGAUCCAUUUUAUCUCUGUCCUUCACUAGCUCAGAGACCUUGGGUAAUUAUCACCUCUGAUCCUAGCUUGCUAACCUGAAAAAUGAGAGUAAUAAUACCUCUGUAUGGUUGUUGAGAGGAUUAAGUGAAGUAGAUGGGAUUCAAAUGCUUUCUAGUCUGCCAAUUGCUAUUCAGAUAUAAGCUACUAUCAUUCCUAGCACUGAUUAGUGGGAGAAUAAAACAAAACUAGGUAUGUAAAUGUGCUUUAGAGACUGUAAAUUACAUACAAAAAUGGAGUUUUAUCAUUAUUGUGAAUCUCCUAUCACAGAAGAGGAUCUGGCUUCCAGGGUUGAGAAGGUAAGCCACCCUGUGUAGCCAAGAGGAGCCUUCUUCCUUCAACCCCUCUGUCCAAGUUCCCAUCAUCACCAGUCCCUCCUCCCAGCUGCACCUGGUUCCUUGGUAAAAAGAUCAGAUGAGAAAGGGCAAGGAGCUCUGCUGAGGAGCCUGUCUUGAAAAGGAUGUGCAGGACGGGUUGCCAGGGAGAGGCACUUGAUCUCAGGGUACCUAACCAACACCUGUCUCCUUUGAAGGAUCCGUCACCAGCCAUAGCCCAUCCAGGUCCCCCCACUCCAGGGCAGGCAGACUUGAUCUCAGGGUACCUAACCAACACCUGUCUCCUUUGAAGGAUCCGUCACCAGCCAUAGCCCAUCCAGGUCCCCCCACUCCAGGGCAGGCAGACCACCUGGGCUCAGGCCCCAGCUCGGACACUCUAGCUCCAUCUCCUGGGCAAUUCUUUUCACCUCUCUGAGCAUUGUGGUCCAUAACCGCACAUUUAGCAUAAUGGGACCUACUUCAAUGGGUCAUGGAGAGAAACCCAUGAGGAUGUACGUGAGAACCUUAUGUACAUGGCAAAGCAUGACUCAAACAUGAGGUCACUUAUUGGUGUGGGAAGCAAGGAAAUGCCCAGGUACCUCAGAAGCAGAGGUUUCGUGGUAAUGACAUUGAGCUGCCCAAGUUUGCUGGGGGAAACCAGACCCAUCCUGGAGCAGGCUGGGGCAAGGGGCUGCAAAGCAUCACAAGCAGGCAAACUUCUCUUCCUUGGGCCCGACAGGCCACUCCAAGGUACUGUUAUGAGUGAGAGUGGAAUCCUCAGCGCCUCAAGCAUCACAUGAGUUAUUUUCUGUUUUGCUUCGUUUUUAAUUCGGGAUUUUUCUCAAUUUAUAGAUUUGACUUUUAUGUGUGAUGCUGAGCCCUGGAAAGCUAACAGCAUGGCAUUUUACAAGAUUGAUGUUGUGUGUUUUAACUGCAAGUAGCUGAACCCACAGCAAAGACCUAAAUCGAACGUUCCAGAGCACGGCUCUGGUGGUGCAUGUCUGGGGUUUGAAUGGGGUGAUGAUGAAUCUCUGGGCCUUGCUGUGGAAGAGUCCUCACUCUCCCUGGCCAGACCCAGUGGACUGGAGUGGAAUUUAUGUGAAUACCUAAUCUGUUGUAUAUGCACUUCUUACAUUUUCUUAUUCGUGCUGACUUUACUUCCUUUGUAAACUAAUUAUUAAAACAGGAAAUGUUUCCAAGAGACCUCAUUGUAGAACCAAGACUGCGAAAUUCAAGGUUUGACAGCCUCAGAAUUAUUUCAUGGCAAGGGCUGAAAUGAGGAGAUAAAUGGCUUUGAAGUUGUUUUCUCCUUUUUUCUUUACUCAUUUUAAAAUCCCACUGUUCUUGCUGCUAGAAUACUGCUUUUUCAUAGGCAAAGAGGACAAUUCCUACAGGAAACAUUACCCAAAAAUUAGAAACCAGUGUUUCUUUUUUCUCUUCCCCAUUUGAAUCCCUGAAUCACAGAGCAAUUCGACAAAGACAACUUUUACUGUAAAACAGGGAUUAAACAAUUUACACUUCAUUUGAUUCUUUAUUUGAGACUUAACAUAUGCAAUAUGGCAUGACAUGAUUGGAACUAUAAAUUAUCCUCUACAGAUGAUGCCAGGACAAGACAGGUUGAAAGUUUAGGAAGAAUGUAAACCACAUCCAUCCCUAACAGUCUCCGAGUUUAUAUUUAAAACCUUCUCCUAAUGUCUUUUUAUUCUAUAUAGAGCUUCCUUCAAGGAGAACAUAAACACACCUUGUAAUUAUCACUGCUGAACAGUAGCUUCAUUACAUGGGCAAACAUCUCCUAUAUUACAGAACAAUGAAUGCAGUACUAAUAUUCUUAGCUUUCAGUUUGUAACCAAAACUUCAGAUCAUGUACAGUAAGGUCCUAAAUUAUCUGCACCUGCAACUCAGGUUGAGCAUUACCAUCUUAAUUACCUAGGAUUUCCACCUACUUGGGAAUUUCAUUGUCACUGUCUUUAACAUUUGACUGAGACACUGGGAAGGGCAUUUGGCAUCUUCUUGCGAAAACAAUUAAUGACUUGCAU